AUGGCGCAUGUGUUCGGCGACAACGAGAAGGAGUCCGACUUCGGCUACGUGUACAAGGUCUCAGGCCCGCUGGUGAUCGCCGAGAACAUGCAUGGCGCUGCCAUGUACGAGCUGGUGCGUGUGGGCCACGACAAACUCGUGGGCGAGAUCAUCAAGCUGGAGAACACGAAUGCCUCCAUCCAAGUGUACGAAGAUACGUCCGGUCUGACGGUGGGUGACCCCGUGGAGCGUCGCAAACAGCCUUUGUCAGUGGAACUGGGUCCUGGUAUUGUGGACAACAUCUUCGACGGUAUCCAGCGUCCUCUGCACGCCAUUAGCGACCUCACCAAGGACGUGUACAUCCCUCGUGGAGUGGAUGUGGCCUCGUUGAACGCCGACAAGAAGUGGCGCUACAAGCCUGUGAACUUCCGUGAAGGAGACCCCAUCUCCGGUGGCGACAUCUUCGGUCUGGUGCACGAGAACGACAUUUUGCACUCGCACAAGAUCAUGUGUCCGCCCAAUGUCUUCGGUACUGUGGUCAAGAUCUACGGCUCUGGCACCGACAACAACGAGCAGUUCACCCUCAAGGACACGGUCCUUGAAGUGCGCGACGACACGACUGGGACCACCCACAAGCUCGGACUCUCGCACAUGUGGCCCGUGCGAAAGCCACGUCCAGUAGCCGAGAAGCUCGCCGGUAACGUGGCCUUGACCACAGGUCAACGUAUCAUUGACGCGCUGUUCCCUUCUGUGCUGGGAGGAACGUGUGCUGUGCCUGGAGCUUUCGGCUGCGGCAAGACUGUCAUCUCUCAGGCUCUGUCCAAGCACUCGAACUCGGACGCUAUUGUGUACGUGGGCUGUGGCGAACGUGGCAACGAGAUGGCUGAAGUGCUCAACGAUUUUCCUGAGCUCACGAUGACUAUCAACGACCGUGAAGUGCCCAUUAUGAAGCGUACGACGCUGGUGGCCAACACCAGUAACAUGCCUGUGGCUGCUCGUGAGGCCUCGAUUUACACGGGUAUCACGCUGGCCGAGUACUUCCGUGACCAGGGGAUGAACGUGUCGAUGAUGGCCGACUCGACCAGUCGGUGGGCUGAGGCUCUGCGUGAAAUCUCGGGUCGUCUGGGUGAAAUGCCGGCUGAUAGCGGCUACCCUGCCUAUCUGGGAGCUCGUCUGGCUGCGUUCUACGAACGUGCUGGUCGUGUGGCGUGUUUGGGAAGCCCCAAACGUGAGGGUAGCGUCACUGUGGUGGGUGCCGUGUCGCCCCCUGGUGGCGAUUUCUCGGACCCUGUGACGGCUGCGACUCUGAGUAUCGUGCAGGUCUUCUGGGGUCUGGACAAGAAGCUGGCUCAGCGUAAACACUUUCCGUCGGUGAACUGGCUGAUCAGUUACACAAAGUACAUGCGGGUGUUGGAGCCCUUCUUUAACAAGAUCGACCCAGAAUACUCGACGCUGCGUACCAGAUGCCAGGAAAUCUUGCAGAAGGAAGACAAUUUGACAGAAAUCGUGCAGUUGGUCGGCAAGGAGUCGCUGUCCGAGGAUCAGAAGGUGAUCAUGGAAGUGGCCAAGAUCAUCCGUGAGGAUUUCCUGCAGCAGAACGCCUUCUCGGACUACGACUUCACGUGUCCAUUGGUCAAGAGUGUGGGGAUGCUGCGAUCGAUCAUCCUGUUCUACAACUUGAGCCAGAAGGCCAUCGCGGACUCGCCUCCCGACGCCAAGGUGACGUGGGCACAGAUCAAGACGUCCAUGAACCCGGUGCUGCAGAAGAUCAUCCAGACCAAGUUCCAGUUGCCCAAGCAGCCAGAGGCCGAGCUCAAGGCUUUCUUCAGUGGCUUGGACGAGGAGGUGGAGCAGGCGUUCCAGACGCUCUCAGACUAA